AUGGCGACGCAGCCCAUCGUCCCUCCGGGCGCAACGUCCCCACCCCGCCGCGUGCUCCAGCCCUCUCCUCGCCCUGUGUUGCGGCCCCGCAAUCAAACCAUACCUCGUCUCCGACGUUCAUGCCGGCACCCAAGGCGCCAUCCUCGUCGAUGCGUCAAUCACCUUCUCCCACAUCGCCAAUGCUGUGCCGAACGCCCUCCUGGUCCACCCAAUAGCUGGGCGUCACCCUCGCCGGUCACGGCACCCCCGCGCGUGCCUCGGUGCCCCUCAACGCGUCCAAGUUUCGAAAUUCUCUUCUCGCUGUCCGGAUUGAAAGCCAGCACCACCCCGCUGGACGUCACCUGCAGCGCAACUCUCGGCAAACAAUCCUUCAAGGCGUCCGCCAAGGUCCCCUUUCUCCCGGACAACACCAAUGGCAGCGUCACGAAGCUGGACAUGCGCACGGGCGGGCUGCUCGCUAAACCCGCGACGGGCGCGGACGGGCCUUGCGCCCCCGUCUUCCCGAUCGGGUUCUACACCUCCUUCGGCGGUUUCCUUGCAGACAACCUCACCGCGCUCGACGAUAUCAAAGCCGCGGGUUACACCGUCGUACACCCCAUCCCGACGUUCGACAACCUCACCGCGCUCGACGUCGUCGUCACGCGCAUGCAGGAGCUCGGUCUCUACCUCAUGUACGACAUGCGCUGGACGUACACGAACCUCACUGGCGUCACGGAGGAGGUGAACCGGAUCAAAAACCGGCCGAAUCUCUUACUGUGGUACACCGGGGACGAGCCCGACGGGUGGGAGGAUCCGCAGAACGCGACCCAGCUCGCGUACGACACGAUCUACGGCCUCGAUUCGGGCUACCACCCCGUCAGCCUCGUGCUCAACUGCCAGGACUACUACUUCACGGAGUACUCUGCCGGCGCAGACAUCGUGAUGCAGGAUGUGUACAUGAUCGGGAACUAUGACACAUUCAGCUCGCAAUGGGGCACGGUCUGCACCCCAGACAACGGCGACUGCGAGGGCGACAACUGCAAGGUAGAUCCUCGGCUGCGAACUUUCCCAACCGUCUGGACUGUGCCCCAAGCCUUCGGAAACGACACGUACUGGAAGCGGUACCCGACCGGAGCGGAGUAUGCCGUCACGGUGUCCGCCGCGCUCGCGAUCAACCACGGCGAGACGGGCGUCGUCGUGUGGGAUCAGCCCGCGCCGAACGACCUACUCGCCGCCACGUCCGCGCUUGCCGCCGCGCUCGAGCCUGCCAAGGCGUUCAUCCUCAGUCCCGAUGCAGAGUACGCGCAGAGCGCCACGGUUCACGUCGACGUCGCGACGUGGACGGUCGGCUCACGAGCGUUGCUCCUCGCCACGAACCUCAACUACGAGGCGAAGGCAGCGCCUAUCCCAGCGGCGCUCCGUGCGGAGGCGAGGGCUGGGUUGAACCAGGUGUUGGAUACCAGGGCCAAGAUCGUGGGGGAGAACACCUGGGGGAGAACACCUGGGGGAGAACACCGUGUAGGGACCGGUGCGUUCGUACUCGGUCGGUGGUGUCUUAUGUGCGAGAACAAAACGAUGUGCUGCUCUAUCGAUCUUAAAUAA